CUUCUCCGUCGUAUUUCGCCGCGUUCGCGUCGUCAGCUUCACUCGACAAGUCGGAAAAAUGGCCACUCGUCUGCUGAGGAUCAGCAGCGCAUUGCGCACGUAUUCCAAUAAAACCAGCCUUGUAAAGGUAUCGGCGCAAUGGCAGUCGACCGCUGCUUCCCUGAAAGAAGCCCUUAUCAAUCAGCCGGCCACGAGAGUGACCACUCUCGACAGCGGGAUGAGAGUCGCCAGCGAGGACAGCGGAGCCGCGACAGCUACUGUUGGUCUCUGGAUAGACUCUGGCAGUCGGUAUGAAACGGACGAGAACAACGGUGUUGCCCAUUUCAUGGAGCAUAUGGCUUUUAAGGGAACUGCUAAACGCUCUCAAACUGACCUCGAGUUAGAAAUAGAGAACAUGGGAGCACACCUGAAUGCUUACACAAGUCGGGAACAAACGGUGUUUUAUGCAAAAUGCCUGUCGCAAGACGUGCCGAAAGCCAUCGAGAUUCUCAGUGAUAUUAUAAAAAAUUCUAAGCUGGGCGAGAGCGAGAUCGAGAGGGAACGCGGCGUUAUCUUGCGCGAGAUGCAGGAAGUCGAGACGAAUUUGCAAGAGGUUGUAUUCGAUCACUUGCACGCCGCUGCGUUUCAAGGUACGUCCUUGGGACGAACGAUACUGGGGCCUACUAAAAAUAUCAAAAGUAUCUCGCGGGACGACCUUCUUACAUACGUGAAAAAUCAUUACGGGCCACCUAGAUUUGUACUAGCUGGUGCCGGCGGUGUAGAUCACAAUCAGCUGAUCGAACUUGCCGAGAAGCAUUUUGGCAAGAUGUCAGGACCGGAUUAUGAUAAAGUUCCAGACUGGAUUAAAUCCUGCCGCUACACUGGCUCUGAAAUAAGAGUACGUGAUGAUACGAUUCCCCUCGCUCAUGUUGCGAUUGCUGUUGAAGGCGCUGGAUGGGCUGAGGCGGACAACAUUCCUCUUAUGGUCGCGAAUACCCUCAUAGGAGGAUGGGAUCGUAGUCAAGGAGGAGGUGUAAAUAACGCGAGCAGUUUAGCUAAAGCUUGUGCAGAAAACGGCUUAUGCCACAGCUACCAGAGUUUCAACACAUGCUACAAAGAUACAGGACUUUGGGGUAUAUACUUUGUUUGUGAUCCUAUGCAGUGUGAGGAUAUGACAUCGUACAUUCAGCAUGAAUGGAUGAAACUGUGCACGUCGGUUUCUGAAAAGGAUGUGACACGUGCAAAGAAUAUUCUGAAAACCAACAUGUUCUUGCAACUGGAUGGAACCACUGCCAUUUGUGAAGACAUUGGCCGUCAAAUGUUAUGUUACAAUCGCCGUAUUCCACUCCACGAGCUCGAGAUGAGGAUAGAUAGCGUAACUGCUGACACUAUUCAAAAUGUUGGCAUGAAAUACAUUUUCGAUCACUGUCCAGUGAUCGCGGCAGUUGGUCCAGUUGAAAAUUUACCGGAUUACAAUAAUAUUCGUGGAGCUAUGUAUUGGCUCAGGGUGUAACCAUCUUCGAGCAUCAGUCAUCAAUAAAUUUUAGCAAAUUAGAAAUAAAAGUACGACACGCUUAUGCCUGCCCUACUUCCGAUAAAAUGUCCAUACAACUCGAUAAUACUAAUAAAUUCAGUUUCCAAUAACAAUAUAAGAAUUGUGUCUUUCACUAUAUGAGAUUGUAGUUUUAUUUGGCCAUACAUUUACCAAAUGUUCAUCGAUGUAUAUUGUCUGGCGAAAAUAAACAGUCGAAAAUACGUUUUGCA